GCAUUAGGCGGGCCCUUGGCGACCUUACGCCGCUGGCCAAGAAAAAGUUCACAAGUUUUCUAAAACUUGUUUCCUUGGAAUCCGAGGGCCGCCGGUUGGAAACUGAAGGCACCACUCAUGAAAAACAAGUCAAGGAGAACUCUUCCGUGCGGGGCUGCGGAGAAAAUGGGGGCGAAGGAUUCUCGGGAGGUUCCAAACUCCCGGCUCUGGUCUAAAGGUUCGUCGUUGCUUCGGACUCCACGCUCACGUCGUUAAGGAAACCAGCCAUUAAGCGUCUCUGCCUCCAGUUGCUCCGGAUUGAGGUGGAGUCGCACCAGUCGCACUUUUGGAGGUCAGAAAAUAGCCAAGCCGCCCAGAGAGAAAACGAGGGCGCAGAAGGUUUCCUGUGCUAGUCAGAGGAAGCUUCAAAGAGUAUUAUAUCUAAGUAGAAGUAGCAUUGGGCAGAGAUUCCUGUAAAGAAAACUCCUGAAGAUCCACAAAGGCUUUCCAAGUUGUCCUAGGAUUUGGGAUUGUGCUGCCUAUUCAUCCUCUGAAGAUGCCUUUUCGAAACCUCACACAACCUGUCUAUCACCAACCACCCAGUAACUCACAUGGUGACUUACAAGGCUUGUUCGAUAUGGUGCACGGUUACUUGGGAAUCGUGCAACCCAACAGUUUCCCCAAAGAUCUCCUGACAUACGUGAUUAAGAAUCCAGAUUUCCUUCGAAACCAGACAGUGUAUCAAGAGAUGCUCAAGUAUGAGACGGGCUUCCUAGUUUGUACUGUCAUUGGUCUUCUGUUCAUUGUCCUUGUGCCACUUGUGGGCUUCUAUUUCUGUUGCUGCCGCUGCUGUGGACACUGUGGAGGUUUCAUGUACCAGAAACAGAAUAAGCACACUGCCUGCAAGAGACGGACUCUUUUUUGCUUUCUGCUGGGUAUCACUGCUGUUGUUCUGGCUGGAGAUAUAUGUGCGUAUGUCAGCAACCAACGUAUAUCCCAGAGUCUAGGGAAAGGUUUUGUCAUUUUCAACAAUACAGUGAGCAACCUGAAUGUUUAUCUGAAGUCUAUACCUCAGGAGAUUAAUGAAAUCGUCAGCUCUAGUAAAGUGCCAUUGGAGGAGGUCAAUAGUAGCUUGUCGAAUAUUGGUGAUACUUUGGGGAGCAAGAUUAAGGAUGAACUAGGUGGACGAGCAAACAAAGUAUUAGACACAACUGAGCAGCUUCUUCAAGACAUUCACAGCAUAGACCAGGAACUCCAGAAAGUCAACCGGACUGGUGCUCGCUUGCAGGAAAUGCAAAAGGAACUGAACAAAAAUCUGACUGACCUGAGAAAUGAGAUCAAUGAGACUCUGAAAGAAUGUGGCAGCUCUUGUGGGAAAGUGUCCGUAGAGAACCUGACGCCUGAGACCAAUUUUGAUACGAUUCCUGAUGUCAGUGAUCCACUUAAUUUGAUAUCGAAUCUGACAAGUCUAGAUCUCAACAGUACUGUAAUAAAGGCUAGAAAUUUCAUUGAAGAAAUACCACAGAAAGUCUCUGAUCAAACCAAAAAGGAGGUAUCUGAGAUACAGGAUGAACUUCGCAGUGUCGAGAAGGGAAUUAAUGAAAUCAGUGAUAAGUUUCACAAGCUGAUCUCAGUGAAGGAUAUCUCUGCAUUCAUGGAAAAUAUUGUAAAUACAGCAAAUGACUAUAAGCCACAUGUGGUCAAAUAUGAUGACUACAGGUGGGGUGUUGGCGUCUGCCUUUGCUGCCUGUUGCUUGUAAUAAUUGUAUUCAAUGUGUUGGGCCUUUUGCUUGGUGGUCUUGGGCUAGAUCCAAAUGGAGUGCAAUGGCCUACCAAACGGGGCUGCCUCUCCAACACUGGUGGAAACUUCUUUAUGGCGAGUGUUGGAUUCAGCUUUAUAUUUUCAUGGUUGCUGAUGUUGCUGGUUCUAGUAUUAUUUUUAGUUGGGGGCAAUUCAUACACAUUGGUGUGCCGGCCUUGGGCCAAUGGAAUUAUCCUUCAGUAUCUGGAUACAUCUGGGGUGCUCCCUCAAUUAAAUGUGAAAAAGCUCAUGAAUUUGAACGGUUCUGAUGUAAACCUGACCAGCAUAUACAAGAAUUGCGAAGAAAAUGCACCCUUGUGGAGUACUUUACACCUAGAUGAGAUCGUCUCUUUGAAUGACACCUUCAACAUCAGCAAGUACACUCAAAGCAUUGAUUCAACCUUGAAUAAAAUAAAGAUCAAUAUUGGAUCUGUUGAGCUCCUGAAGGAUGACCAAAAACAGAGCUUGCUGGAUCUGAGUUCAAAAGAUGGGCCUCUGAAUGUGGAUUUUAACAGUACUCUUGAACAACUUAACCAGAAUCUGACCAAACAAAAUCUGAAUACCUUGGCUAAUAACUUGAAAGAACUGGCAAAUACUACAACCAGUGAUACAGGUAAAAAGUUGCAACGUCAAGCUGAUGAGCUGAAGGAAAUCCAAAAUUGGAUAAACCUCAAAUUUCCUCCAGAAAUUAAAGCCUUGAAGGAAAGCAUCCAGAGCUUGCAGAAAUCUACACCUCAAAUUCCAAAUCGGAUAAACUUCACGCUGUCGGAAAUAAAUGAGACCAAUUCAUUUAUACAGCACCAGACAGAGAAUGUUAUAAAAAAUGAGACCAAGACUUUUAUAUGGAACACAGUGAAUUAUUUUUCCUCUUAUCUGACAUGGGUUGAGAGUUCUAUCAUAGGAGAAUUUGGUCGCUGCGGUCCUGUAGCCUGGGCACUGGAUAGCGUGAAUACCAUUGUCUGCAAUUACCUUGUUGAUUCUUUGAAUGCCUUCUGGUUCAGUCUGGCCUGGUGCACAAUCUUUCUGCUGCCAAGUAUCAUCUUGGCUGUACGGCUUGCCAAGUUUUAUCGUCGAAUGAACGUCGAUGACAUAUAUCAGGAUGAGAUUAUGGAAAACUUUGAACUGUCAAGGCAAAGCAUGUUCAAAAUGCCCCGGGCUGAGCUGAAGAAAUAACAUUUCCUUUUUCAACAUUCCCUCUCUGAGAAGCUAUGAAUGCAACAAACAACGGUCGAGAGAAGUCUUGGGUUUCUCUUGACAUUGUGCAGUGUGUGGAUCUUUGCCACAUUUUUUUCCUGAACAAGUUUGUAAGAUGGCAACCACUUUUUCCCUUCAAAAGAGACUACUGUGCCAUAAACCGUGUGACAGAGAAGUAUAGUUUGGCUGUACACUCAGUCUAUGAAGAGGGUUGUGCUCUUCUCUAGAGAUUAGGCUUGCAGUCUAUAUGCUGUCCAUUUUACAGGAAAAAAACCCUGAUGCUCAAGGGGCUCCAUAGUGAUACCACGGCAUUCUACUGAAUUACUGUACAGACCCCAAUAUAUAGCAGAACAUCUUUACAGUAAUUCUUUUGAUCAACAGAUCUAGAAAUCUUUGCUAGAUUAAGCUGAAUUGCAAAUAGUGCCUUCCUGGAUCAAUACCUACUCCAUACCUACUUUAAAGGUUGAUACUCUGAAGAGAAAGCAAAUAUGAGCCAUAAUGAAAUACUACUGAGCAGUUUUGUAUCGGGAAGAAAGAAUUGCCUUAAAUUUUAUCUAGAGCACUUUGCAGAUGUUGUCUUGUACUUCAGUAUAUCAUUGCAAUCUAGUCAUGUAUGUUUUUCUCUUUCCUUCUUCCUCACAUUCUCCAAUACUUGAUUUGCAUAUUGUGGGCAUUUAUUUUCUCCCCAAUAUUAUAGGACCAUGAAUUUUGUCAGAAACAUGAUUCUCUCAUCAGAAUGGGGGAAUUUUUUUCAUGAGAUGAAAAGACUUAGUAGUAUUUAUUAAGAAAUUAGUAAUAGAUAUGAAUGCAUUUAGAUUAAUGCAAAAUGAAGAUGACUCCAAUAAUGAAAGUUGAUACGAUAAACCAUUUGGAAGGAGAACAUGAGGAUUCUAUUCCUUUCAGAUUAGUCUUACCUAACACUCCAGAUGUGUGACAUAAUUCCUAGUCAGCAUUGGAAAUUUGAAGUUUAGGGAAGGACUGGAUUAGUAGCAGAAAAUACAGGUAGUCCUCAACUUAUAACAAUUCACUUAGUGACUGUUGAAAGUUACAAUGGCAUUGAAAAAAGUGACAUGACUUUUCACUUAUGACCAAUUCCAGCAUCCCCAUGGUUACGUGAUCAAAAUUCAGACACUUGGCAACCGAUUCAUAUUUAUGACAAUUGCAGUAUCCUGGGGUCAUGUGAUCACCAUUUGUGAUCUUCUGACAAGUAAAGUUAAUGGGGCAACCAGAUUCACUUAACAAUUAUGCUACUAAUUUAACAACUGCAGUGUUACACUUAACAAUUGUGGCAAGAAAAGUCGUAAAAUGGGGCAAAAUUCACUUAACACCUGUCUCUCUUAGCAACAGAAAUUUUGGGCUCAAUUGUGGCUGUAAGUCGAGGACUACCUGUAGUGUUUCUAAUGAGUUACAGACCUAAUAAUUCAAAGUAUAGCUCAUAAAUUAAUUGCUGGUCUGAAUGUAGCAUUACAAAUAUUUUACUUCAAAGUAUUAAAUAUUAGGAUAGUAGGUAUUGUUACUUGACUUUCUAUUGUUCAAUUUGCAUAUAAAACUUUUAAAUUUGUAUUUAUAAUAAAAUUUAAAUCAGAUUCCCAGCACAGUAGCAGAAACCUUUUGCACUACAUUUUUCUUGCUCCAGAAACAGCAAUAGCAAAAUCAUUUUUCAGGCUUCUGGUUCUAAUCUAGCUUUUAGAAGAAUGUGUGAAGAAUGACUUAAAGCAACAGUAAGAAAUGAAAUCCUCAUUAAUCAAGGAAAAAUGAAAACUUUACAUAAAAUAUAACAUUUUCUUAUCUCAUCCAGAUAUUGGGGAUGGGGGAGUGGCUCAUAUUUGUAAACUUUCAGAGCAACGAACAUGCAAACAGUCAUAGUUUAAUGUACAGUACACAUUCUCACUUUUACUCACUCACUGCUAGGAUAUCAUUAAGACUGACCUUCUCCUGGCCAAUUCAAGAUUGUUAUCAUGCUAUCACUUAGUUUAGGACAGUAAUUGUUCCUAGCAGCUUCUGUCUUAUUUAAAUUAUGUCUUAUUUCUACUAAGUUUGAUAAAGAUAUCUUCAGUUGCCUGGAUUUCUAUUAUAUAAUAAAUUUUAUUUGAUUCUACGAAGGAGCAGGACUGAAAGACUACUCUAGAGUGAAAAUUAUUACUCAACUCCCCUCCCCUCCUUGCUUUACCAAGAAAGAUACUUGAAUCUGUGUACAUGCUUUUGCUUCUCAUUUGAAUGAAUAUAAUUUUUAUUGGUGUAUUGUUUGUCUUUCAUUUGUAAAUUCAAAGAAAUUAUAUUUUUCAUGGCUUUUAUAGGAUUUGAGGUAGGCCUUGGAUACUUAACAUUUAUAAAUUGCUGUUCUCUAAGAAUGAGGUCCGCAAAACAUGCCAUCUUGCUGUUACUGGAAUUGCAAUGUUAAAUAUUAACAUAAAUCAAGAACAAAUCAUCAUGAAACCAGUUUUGGACCUUGCUUGAAAACCAGCUGGCUGCCACAGUAUAAGAAAGAAAUCUAAGAUGGUCAGGACGCUAUGUUUUGUUGGACUCGAAGUAUUUGUAAUUAAUUGAACUAUAAUUUCAAAUGCCGCUAUUAAAAUAUAAUUUUGAUGUAUUUUUGC